AUGACAGAUGUUCACGUACCAUUAAUGACGCUGGCUCCCUUGCUCUACAGGGCUUCGCCCGUCGAACACCUUCGUUCUGUCUCUGCACCUCACCCCCGAAACGACCUUGAGAAGUAUAGUAAUUACAGUCCCUACGAGUCUAGAGGCGCCUCCCCUCUACCCACGCCAGCAGUAUCUGCUACGGAGAUUUCUCGACCAUCCUCCACUUCUACACAAGCUUCCAACGCGGCCUUCGUGCAACAACAUCAAUACAACAAGCGACCUAUUCAGACUUCGCCUCAUAGCACUGCCUCCUUUUCCUUACCCGGUCUUUCAGCAUUGGCCUCGAUUGCCUCGGCCCCAUCAUCACAGUUGAGAUCCUUCUCCAAUCAUGCGGCACCCAGUGUGAAUUAUGCGAGCUCCUCGCCUGCUCCCGCCUCUCUUUCUGGCAAUGCUCCGAAUUCCUACGAAAUGGCUGCCACACUUGCUGACAACGGGUUUCCCUUUGUGCAGCCUGUUUGUCAAAAUUGCCAGACGUCAACUACACCACUGUGGCGAAGGGAUGAGACGGGCUCGGUGCUGUGCAAUGCGUGCGGGCUAUUCCUCAAGCUCCACGGGCGACCUCGUCCCAUCAGUCUCAAGACCGACGUGAUCAAGAGUCGAAAUCGGGUCAAGUCGACUAUGCAUGCCCAGAGAAAGAAGCCCCCUUUCGACGUAAAUGGUCUGUCCGCAGCUCGAUCAGAUGCAGGAACACCGCCCUUGGGAAACCACGCACAGCGGAUAUCUUCACACAAGGCUUCUUCUGGCGCUUCCGAUCGAUCCCAUUCGCCCAUCUCCCGAGCAGACACCCCGGGUACAUCCCACGACCCCAACAUUGCUCCCCAACACAUUUUCGACGGAGUGAUGCUGAACGACCACACCUUCCACUCCCCGCCCUCUCUCCCAGCCUUGCACCUAAACCACCCGUCACCCGGCUCUACCUCUUCCCUGAUGGACCGCCACCUCGAACCUCCCCAAACUUACGAUCAACUUCUCCACCACAACAACCAACUCAAAACACGCGUCAACGAACUAGAGCUGAUCAACAUCAUGAGAAAAGAAUCAGAGGUCCGUCUACAGAAGGAACUAGACACAUUCCGCAAGAAUGAGGAGGACCUAAAACGGCGCUUGAACCAGCUAGAGCAGCAGUUCAAUGAUCGCCACAUGGAUGAUGCUCACCCCUCAAAGCGAACCCGUCUUUCAGCAUCCGCUCACGAUAACACAUGA